UGCAGAUCUGAUCAACACUACUGUCGUGUUGGAGAAAAACUCAAAAUCGGUGACUAUACUCAACAUCUCAGACACUAAUAUGACGAUCUUCUUCGGCGUGGAGCCCAGUGCGAAUGUGUCACUGGUUCUCCUCUUGUCUCAUGGGUUGCCUCCUAAUAACACAUACUACAGCAACAGAACCGUACUGAACCGCACAGAGGGCUUUCGCUGGAUGAUAACACCAGACAUGUUACAAAAGACUCCUGGGACUUGGUAUAUUGAUGCAAGAGUUUCUGAUUCUGAAUGGCAGCCAGACUUGAACCUGAAGAUCACCACUUUUAUGAGCAAGUGCCUGUACUGGAACACAGACACGCAGGCAUGGAGCAAUGAAGGCUGUAUGGUGGGGAAAGAAAGCACUCCACAACGAACGCAGUGUCUCUGUAAUCACCUCACUUUCUUUGGGAGCUCCUUCUUUGUGAUGCCAAACUACGUCGACAUAUCCCGCACUGCAGAGCUGUUUGCCACUGUGAAUCAGAACUAUGUGGUGCUGGCCCUGCUGUGUGCAUUUUUCGGACUCUACCUGAUCACACUGCUGUGGGCCUGCUAUGCUGACCGGAGGGCACGCUCAAGGAGAAAGAUGACACUCUUGGAGGACAAUCACCCAGCUGCACAGUACAGCUACCUGAUCGGCAUCCAAACUGGACGUCGCAGAAAUGCUGGGACCAGUGCCAAUGUCACAGUGAAGCUGAUUGGCUCAGAAGCAGAGAGUAACAUACACACUCUCACAGACCCUGAGAAGCCAGUGUUUGAGAGAGGAUCUGUUGAUUAUUUCGUGCUGGCCACACCCUUCCCACUGGGGGAAGUGCAGACCAUCAGGCUGCAGCACGACAACUCUGGAGGUCAUCCAUCAUGGUACAUAAACAAAAUGACUGUACAGGACCUCCAAACGCGGCACAUGUGGCACUUCUUUUGUGAAUGCUGGCUGAGUUCUGAGCGAGGAGACGGCAUGACCAAGAAAACCUUCAAUGCUGCAAAAGUCAACGAGGUUGCCAGCUUCAGGAACAUUUUCCAGACCAGAACAUCGACUGGAUUUAGAGACGAACACAUCUGGGUGUCCAUCGUGGAUCCUCCCUCACGCAGCCCGUUCACACGUGCCCAGAGGGUUUCUUGCUGCAUGUGCCUUCUGCUCUGUACCAUGGCCAUCAACAUCGCCUUCUGGAACAUCCCUGUGGAUCCAAACUCAACAGUACUCUUUUCAAUGGGUUCAAUAAAGAUGACCUGGCAGGACCUCAUGGUGGGCGUGCAGUGCGGUCUCCUCAUGUUCCCAAUCAACAUCCUCAUCAUCACAAUCUUUCGAAGCAUCAAACCUCGCAUAGUUCCAAAAUCUAAGAAAGCUGACCCCGAGGAGAACCUAAGACCCCCCAUAGUCAACAUACCGACUGUGCUGAGGGAUGUAGAGCAGAUCAUUUUUUUGGCAAGCAAGAGCCCAAGAAACAAGAUGCUAGAGAUGCACAGACUGGAAUCCGUUGCCGAUCUCUUCUCUGCCUUGGACAGGUUGAAUGAAUUAAUUCAGCACAUGCAAGGAGAGAGUGAGAGCGACCACCACUUGGUGUACUGCAGCAAGUUUCUCCUAGCUAGUCUCUGUCAUCUCCUGAUGUGCCUGGAGAAACUGGAUUUCAGAUACUUUGCAACUCUAGAACAGUACCAGCAGGCCCUCAACUACACCAACGCACUGGUUCACAAGACUGAGAUGGUCUUCAGCAGCCACUUGGCCUACUGCCCACCUCCUGCGAAGAAACCAAAGAAGAAAGCAACGACUAUCCUGGGCUGCUGGCUGCCAUGGUGGUUUGUGUUCGUGGGCUGGUUCCUGUUGCUGUCCAUCAGCGGCAUUUCAACUUUCUUCACCUUGUUGUAUGGCUUUCAGUACGGCAAAGAGAAGUCCAUCAAGUGGGUCAUGUCUCUGGGCCUCUCCCUUUUUGAAAGCAUCUUUAUUCUGCAGCCUCUCAAGGUGAUAGGCGUUGCUGUGAUUUUCGCCCUCCUGCUCAAACCUGUAGCUGUAGACGAGAGUGAAGAAGUUGAGCAAGUCCUGUUAGAGCAACAGGAAAAGUGCAGACAGUACAGCGGCAGGGACACGAUGUGAGGAUACUGCAUUUGACAACAUGACCUGUCUCCUCCAACAUGCACAGCUGCGACACACGGCCCCCCCUCGCUUCUUAGACAAUCUUUUGCACUUAUUGUAAGUUUUACUUUCUGGAUAUAGAGCUGCAUAACACAUCGUGGUGUUUUGUAUGUGUACAGAGUUUCCAGUACCUAUGAGAAUCUUUUUGAAGUUGUGAGUCAGAGUAAUGGGCAAUUAAAUAACUGUUCUUGUAUGUAAAAUUCACCAUGAAUACGUAUGUGAAAAAGAGAUUUUUUUUUCCUUUUUAAAAAAGUGGUUGAUACAUUCAUUUAAUGCUAGUGCAAAACACAUAUACAGAUUCACAUAUAUGUAAACAAGUUAAGAACUAUUAUCAUGGAGUGUGAAAAAAGCUGUCCUUUAUCCAAUAAAGUACAAUAAAGUAGUGAUCCAGGAGAAAUAGAAGAGAAAUUUCAACAGAAAAAAACCCUGCAAAGAAUUAUUUUUCAGUAACUUUAACACAGCUUCCUGUUUAAAUGCUUCCCUAUGAUUCUAAUGGUUAAUAGCGUUCACUAUCUCCUACCUACUGACUGUAAAUGAAGUUGUGUGAAAUAGUGCGAAGGUACUUUUAUGUUGCUGCUCAUCUGGGAUCUAAUGAUUAAUUGAUUACAUUUUUCAUUUCACUCCUGUCACUGUAAUUGAUACUGAAAGUGUGUUUCAUGCCUCUUUAUCACUCAUACCUGCAUCUGUGAGAUUCAUUCAGUCCUCAGUUUGAAACACUUAUGUAACAGAUCUCACUUCAUUCAAGUUUGUGCUUUUGGUUUGGGAAUAUAAGCUGUUCUUCAGACAGCUGAUUGUCCUGUCUUAGAUCUUCUGUGCUUAAUCACAAAUGAUUUAAACUAUUUAUUCACUGGUGUCAUACAGUAGUAUUAUAUGUGUGAAUUUCAAUAAACAGCUCUGCAGUUGCUUAGUUGAUGUUUAAUGUUUAAAUGAUUUAUAAAAUUGAACUCGGGUCAAAAAGAGAUGUGUUGAUCUGUGUAUACAUCCCUAUUGAAUCCCAGAGAUGACCAGCAGCUUACAUAACAAUUAACAGUCACUCCAUUAGUAAAAUACAUCAGUGCACAAAGACUAUCACACCAGAUCGCCAGAGGCUGGAAAGCUGAACCAAAAAGUGGUAUUUGUGACCUUUGCAUGAUUACCACUAAACCUCUUGCAAAUUUUGUAUGUUUUUAUAAGUUCAAUAUAAAAAAUAAAAAAAAAACUACCUCCCAGCUUUAGUAACUUUCCACACAUGUUCAUCCACAUUUUCCCUGACUGAGGCUCAGGAGGUGGAGCAGGUUGUCCACUAAAGGUCGGGAGUUCAGUGCCUGGCUGCUCCAGUCUACAUGCCAAAGUAUCGUGGGCCAAAACAUUGACCCCCGGGUUGCUUCUGAUGCGUUCGUCAGAGUGUGAAUUGUGAAGUGCUAUAUAAGAAGCAGUCCACUUACUAUUUACAAUCACACUCCCGCAUUUAGUUUAUUGGGAUCUGCUCAUCUCAACAGCAUCCCAACCUUUGGAAACAGAACUCUCGAGUCUUAUUUGGACACCAGUUUAAAAAAUAGUCGGCUCAAUCACACAGAAAAACACAAAUAUUAUGUGUGUAAAACGGUGUGACCACAGACUAUAAGACUUAAGAAAUUCAACUCAUUCCAAUUCAAAACAAGAGCAACCUCAAGGCAUUUUAUAUUGUAAAGAAAAGAUCCUACAAUAUUAGAUAGAAAACAGUGGGGAGGAAGAACUCCCUUUCAACAGGAAGAAACCUCCAGGAUAUGCAGGCUCAGGGAGGGGAAAGAGAUAAGGAGAAAAGAAGGGAGACACAGACAAAAACUAUGAAAGAGAAAACAUGAGCUUUAUCAAAAGGAAAACUUUAAGCCUAAUCUCUCUCCCAAAUCCAAACUGAGAGCUGGAGUGAGGCCUGAUACCUGAAGGCUCUGCCUCUCAUCCUACUUUUAGGAUGAGAAGACUGUCGAAAACCAAAUGAUCAUCCAAACUUAACAGGAUGCAGUUUUCACAUGAUUGUGCCGCUCUUAACUCAUACCUGUAUUGAUCACAAGUGUCAAACAGAAAAUGGGUCAAAUAUGACUUGAUGCAAUACUAUGUUGUAAAAACUGAAAGGAUCCAUUAUGUAAAGAGGUUAGUUUCACAUUAACUUAAAACGCAGUAUGUUUUACAUCAUUGAAAAAAUGAUUUCCUUUUCAGAGCUUUGCCUUAACAUUAGGGACCUCUGCUGGUUACCAUUGAGAUUUACAGGUUGUUGUGUUUUUUUAAGAAAAAUUGAUGGAAAAUUAUGUGCAAAUCUUACAAGCUUUCCAGUUCCAAAUAGUCUUUUAUUAAAUUAUUAUUGUAGUAUACAUUGUUUGGGGGGGGGGUAAUAUUUUUUUGCAACAAGACACUAUUUUGUGUCUUAAAGUUUAACAUGAAAGAACAAUCCAACAUAGAAAAGACAGUGAGCAGAUCACAGUUCUGUAGUGUUAAUUAUCUCUCCAUUUUCUCCCAGCUCAUGUAAAACUAUUAAUUAACUGCACGUAUAACCCAGCGGGGAAGCUUUUCAAAGCACAUCCAGAGAUUGCUGAGUCAUAUUAUUCAAGGCCACCGUCUAUUUUCCAUGCAAGCAGAGCCCAGUGUAGUCAAGUUACAGAAACAAUAACAAAAACCUCUCACUACACUUAUUACAAUAAUUAGAAACAUCUACCUCUAGUGCCUGCACAGAUUUUUUUAAUCUAUCAAGCAAAUUAAAACUCAGAAUCUGUGGAGUGUAACGCAAAUAAGGUCAACUAGAAACUGAAAAACGCAUUACGUGUCCAGUCUUGGUGGAUAACAGAUGAUUAAUCC